AUGAAAAAAAAAUGUAAAUUUAAUUACAAAUUGUCUUUUUUCGUAUUUUCAGUGAUUGCAGCAUCCACUCGACUGCGCGAGCUCGAGUCGCUCAUCAUCGACAAUGUCACCUCAAACAACAACCUGAACAGUGCCGGCCUGUCGUCGGAGAAAUUCCUCUCGAUCGAAACCCUGCUCGAUUGUUUGCUGGUGCUGUACGACGAGUGUUGCAAUUCGUCCCUGCGGCGAGAGAAAACCGUCUCUGAUUUUAUUGAGCUAAUUAAAUCGGUGGUGCAGUGCUGCAAGCAGCUUCGGCUGUCGCGAGAGGAUUUCGAGGUGCUCAAGGUUAUUGGUCGCGGAGCAUUCGGCGAGGUAUGUGUCGUUCGGAUGAAUCACACUAGUCAGAUCUACGCGAUGAAGAUUUUAAACAAAUGGGAAAUGCUAAAGCGAGCCGAGACAGCGUGCUUUCGUGAAGAACGCGAUGUGCUGGUGUUUGGUGAUCGAAGAUGGAUUACCAACCUGCACUACGCUUUCCAGGACGAUAUCAACCUGUAUCUCGUUAUGGAUUACUACUGUGGUGGCGAUCUGUUGACUCUGCUGAGCAAAUUCGAAGACCGUCUUCCAGAGGACAUGGCUCGGUUCUACAUCGCCGAGAUGGUUCUCGCCAUCAACAGCAUUCACGAGCUGAAAUACGUCCAUCGCGAUAUCAAACCGGACAAUAUCGUGCUGGAUGCGAGUGGUCACGUUCGGCUAGCGGAUUUUGGUUCCUGUUUGAAGCUCGGCCCCCAGGGCACGGUGCAAUCGAAUGUAGCAGUGGGGACACCGGACUACAUUUCUCCCGAAAUCCUACGGGCGAUGGAGGACGGCCAGGGCAAGUAUGGGCCCGAGUGUGAUUGGUGGUCACUGGGGGUUUGCAUGUACGAGAUGUUGUUUGGGGAGACUCCGUUUUAUGCGGAAAGUUUAGUUGAAACGUACGGAAAGAUUAUGAAUCAUAAAAAUUGUUUCGAUUUUCCGAACGAUGACGAAGAGUAUCAGGUUAGUGAGCAUGCAAAGGAUUUAAUCAAAAGGUUGAUCUGUGCACCGGAGUACCGGCUGGGACAGAACGGGAUCGAUGAUUUCAAGACGCAUCCAUGGUUUGAGGGAAUCGACUGGGAUACGAUACGGAACGGCCAGGCGCCGUACAUACCUGAGGUUUCUAGUCCAACCGAUACGUCUAAUUUCGACGUUGAUGAUACGGACAUCAAACUGUCCGACGCGGUGCCUCCAACAACGAAUCCGGCCUUCUCAGGGCAUCAUUUGCCUUUCAUUGGGUUCACGUUUACCAAGGAGAGCAGCUUAUCGGAUGUGGGGAAACUGUCACGUGCCAUUAGCAAUUUAACCAAUAGUCAAUUACAGCAACAAUUAGCUCCACUAAAGCUAGACGGUAGUCAGCAGCAAGGGAAUGGUUUAUUUAAGCAUGGUCCGGAGGAGAAACGUCUCAGUCCAGACAGUACCCGAAAACUUCAGGAUGAGAUCAACAUACUGACGAAGCGGAACUGUGAGCUGGAAAGUCAAAUUAAAAGCUUCGAGCGACAGGAAUUUGCCGUCCGAAGUAGUGUGAAUGCUGUAUCAGGGGAUGCGGUCGAUGGCCAGUUAGAUGCUAAGUUGAAGGAGUACGAAAAAAUAAUUCGACAGCUGCGGCAGGAGAAGGAUGACCUGCAAAAGGAGCAUGCGGAUGCAAUCGAAAGACUGAAACUACAGGAUAAGGAACUGAAGGAUGCUCUGGGUCAGAGAAAACUAGCGAUGGCAGAAUACACUGAAGUUACCGACAAAUUAUCGGAUUUAAGGCAGCAAAAACAGAAAUUAUCUCGACAGGUUCGCGAUAAAGAAGAGGAAGUGGAGGUUGCCAUGCAGAAGGUGGACACACUGCGCAGUGAACUACGGAAGACGGAUAAAACCAAGCGGGAAUUGGAAGCAAGGCUUCAAGAUCUGUUAUCGGAACUCACCAGAGAGCGGCAGCUUAGAGAGCGAUCCGAAGACUACUGUCGACAGCUGCAAGCUGAAGCUAGAAGUAGGAGUUCUUCUGAAUUGGGUUCUUCGACUUCACUGGGAAUCUCAUCCUCCGAUUCUAUCCGGCUGGAGAUCGAUCGACUUGAAGUGGAAUAUAGUGAAAAGAUAAACCUGCAGCAAUCGAGAUACAAUACGGAAAUCUCGGCCCUCCGGGAUCAGCUGAAUGAGGCAGAAAAUCAUCGUGAAAUGUUGCAAAUUGAGUUGCAGCAAGCUCGCGAUAAAUUGGACUCGACACGCCUGGAAUCGCUAACGGACUCGGAGGAAACUAUACUGGAGUUGCGUAAACGACAUGACCGGGAGAAAAAGAUCCUGCUGGAUGAUAACCGCAAAAUGAUCUCCGAUUUAGAGAUACUUAGUGAACAAAACCGUCGUAUGCAGAACGAAAGACUGCAAAUGGAAAGCGAUUAUGAGGAAUUGAGAAAUAAACGCCAAGCUUUCAGUCAGUGGGAACGACAAAUUUCGGAGAUCAUUCAGUGGGUAUCGGAUGAGAAGGAUGCUCGCGGUUAUCUGCAGGCGCUGGCCACCAAGAUGACAGAAGAGCUGGAGUUCCUGAAGCACACUGGUUCGCUGAACCAUAAUGCCAGCGAUAAAAACUGGCGCAACCGGCGCUCUCAGAAGCUGGACAAAAUGGAACUGCUCAACUUGCAGAGUUCGCUUCAGAAUGAAAUCCAAGCGAAGGCGUUGAUUUCGGAAGAACUCACACGAACCAGAUCGGAUCUGGUAGCAGCUCAAAAGGAUCUACGAGAGACGCGUCAGAUUUGUGAAUCGAUCGGCAGUGAGCUGAAACGCAAAGACAGCCAAAUAAAAGAGCUACAGCAGCGGUUAGAAUCAAACGAAGGAUUUUUGGAAAGACCAUCAUCACAAAUGUCCUAUCUGGAUCACUUCCUGAAGGAAUCUGGCGGUGGCUCCAGCUCUACAACGCACACCAACUCAACACUAGCAGUGAAUAUGCCGUCCCAGCAGAAUAGCCAGCACGUAACCUCAACUAGUUCAUCGUCGAACAACCUUACCAAUACCCCAAUGAACCAACAUAAUCAGAGUUUAUCCUCGCUUCACCAGCAACUACAGCAUCAACAGGCGCAGCAGCAGCACUUGCAACAGCAGCAACAACAACAGUCGCACACCUACAGCAACCAGCAGCAGAUUCACCAAAUGCAUCACUCCAACUAUUCGAUGGAAAGCGAAGAAGGCGAUGUCGAAGACAAUCGAGGUCAUUCACUGUCCAGCUCGAAGAGUAACCUUAGCGAUCAUUCGCUGAGCAUGCACAGCGUGAUGAUGCCUAAACAAAAGGUGCAUCAGUUCCUGGUGCGAACGUUCUCUAGUCCUACCAAAUGCAACCAUUGCACCUCGCUAAUGGUUGGUCUUACCCGGCAGGGAGUGGUGUGCGAAUUGUGCGGUUUCGCCUGCCACAUGAUCUGCUGCCAGAAGGUACCCACGCAGUGCCCCGUUCCAUCCGAUCAAACCAAACGACCGCUGGGCAUUGACCCGACCCGGGGAAUCGGAACGGCGUACGAGGGUUACGUUAAGGUACCCAAGUUGGGAACGGUCAAGCGUGGCUGGGUGCGACAGUUUGUUGUUGUUUGUGAUUUUAAGCUGUUUCUGUACGAUAUCACCGCCGAUCGCAGUGCGUUACCAAGUGUUCAUGUUACUCAGGUAUUAGAUAUGCGAGAUCCAGAAUUUGGAGUUUCCGGAGUUCGUGAAAGUGAUGUUAUUCAUGCAGCUAAAAAAGACGUUCCUUGUAUAUUUAGGAUAACAACUUCCCUUUUGGACGGUGGUGUUUCGCUACAAACCCUAAUGCUAGCGGAUACCGAAUCGGAAAAGGCAAAAUGGGUGGUAGCGUUGAGCGAGCUUCAUCGAAUACUGAAACGAAACAAUUUACCGAACACGGCUAUAUUCCGUGUGAAGGAGGUUUUGGACAGUUCCCUAUCGGCAAUCCGGAGUGCACUGAGUGCACUGAUCAUCGACCCGGAUCGAAUUCUGCUGGGAACGGAAGACGGUUUGUUCUGUUUGGAUUUGGACCGCAGUGAGAUCGCGCGGAUAGGCGAAAGCAAAAAGGUGUACCAGCUGUGGUACAUUGCUGAGGAGCAGCUUUUGGUUAUUUUGUGUGGAAAACAGCGACAUCUGCGUUUACUACCGAUCCGAGCACUGGAAGCAACUGAUGUGGAGUGGAUAAAGGUUGCUGAAUCGAAGAAUUGUAUCACUGCCUGUACCGGCAUUAUAGAGCGAGGUCCGCAGCCAGUGUAUUGCAUUGUGAUUGCCCUGAAACGCCAGAACACCUCGCAGAUUGUGGUUUAUGUUGUGAACAGAAAUCGUAGUCGGCAUCACAAAAUGUGCGAAUUCACGGUAGCAUAUCCAGUACAGAGUUUGCAGGUACUUUCCGAUUUGCGGCUUGCGGUGGGUCAUCAGAGUGGUUUUACGGCGUACUGUCUCCAAGGCGAGGCUCAAGCGAUGCCUUUAGUCCACCCGGAGAAUCAGUUGAAUAACUUCCUGGCGUAUUCUGGAGUCGAUGCUUGGCGUGUGAUCGAACUACAGUCGGGGCAAGGAUCCAAUGCCCACGGAGAAUAUUUACUAGUAUUCCAAACAUUAGCCAUCUACGUCGAUCUCCAAGGGCGCAAGUCUCGGGAUCGGGAAAUCAUGUACCCAGCCGUACCUACCCAUAUUACUUAUUGUGAUGGCCAUUUGCUAGUGUACUCGGAGACGCAUCUUGACAUUUUCAAUGCGCAGACCGCCGAAUGGGUACAGUCUAUCGGGCUCAAACGAUCCCGCCCGCUUAUGAACAAUGGCAGUCUUUCGCUGACAACGUUAAACGAUACGGCGCACGUCAUUUAUUUGGCCAACAUGCAUACGAGGGAACUUCUCAGUCUAGCGCCAUGCGAUCGAGAAGGUCGGCUCAAAUCAAAACGGUUUUCGCUACGCAAUGAAGGCAACCGUACUAUAAGAACAAGCACAGACCGUCGUUCGAAACUGAUUUCCGCGCCGACAAAUUUCAACCACAUAUCUCAUAUGGGCCCUGGUGAUGGAAUCCAGAAACAGCGUCUACUCGACCUUCCUACCACGAUCGAAACGGCAGACCAAUCAAAUCAACAUCGGAUUUCAACAAUGCGUCACGCACCACCACCUCCACGAGCUCCUCCACGACCGAUGAUACAUCCUCACAAUGAAGGUUCGAAUAAUUCUUUCCCAGGCGCUAAGCGGACGGCCCCGGCAAGGCCUCGCGAUCAGCCACCUUCGUUACCGCGAUCUCCUAGCCCGCUAGGUAGUAUGUCAUCACUACAGGAUGUACUCAAAGUUGCUGAUAUGCAGUCAGAAUCGCGCCAGAGUGUUGCCAGCAAUAAUUCUAGUUCGGUUUCUACGCCACCCUCACCAACCAACGACCGGUUGAGUUCUAGCUAUGACUCUUAGUGGUAAGAGUAGUGCUCAUUCGAGGUGAGCAAUGAGGUCGAUUCGUUUCUUCUGAUAUUUGGAACAAGGAAUGAUUGGUCUUCAUUCUUUGGUAGUUUCGUUUAACACAGUUUCAAAUAUUACUGUGUUUAGUGAUAUGUUUACGUUCUCUUUUACAAAAGCAACGUUUGUAUUAAUGCCGGUUACAAAAUCAAAGGCAAGUCCCAGAAUACUCGAUGCAUCUAAUAAAUUCGCAUUUUUAUUGUACCUUA